CGUGUACAAUAUUAUAAAUUUGUGGCCGACAAAAUAAUGAUCUCGUUUACAUAUAAGGACAACCUUUGUUGAGAGUAGCUUGUCAAUACUUCACUGAUCAGUCACUUGACUCAAACAAAACAAAAUGACAGACUCCACCUCUUCAAACAACAAGCUCCAAGGCAAAGUGGCCAUUAUCACCGGAGGCGCAAGCGGCAUGGGCGAGGCCACGGCUCGCGAGUUCGCCGCUCACGGCGCACGAGCCAUCGUCAUCGCCGACGUCCAAGACGAGAAGGGCCAAAACGCCGCCGUGUCAAUCGGCUCCAACGUAUGCACCUACGUACACUGCGAUGUCAGCGACGAGGAACAGGUCAAGAACUUAGUGGACUCCACGGUGAAAGCGUACGGACGCUUGGACAUCAUGUUCAGCAACGCGGGCGUGGGGAGAUCCACCCACGCGUGCGAUCAGACCGUGCUGGACAUGGACCUGUCGGCUUACGACAAGCUCAUGGCGGUGAACGCGCGCGGAUCGGCGGCGUGUGUGAAGCACGCGGCGAGGGCGAUGGUGGAAGGGCGCGUGAGGGGGAGCAUCGUUUGUACGGCGAGCAUAGGGGCGAGUGUUGGCAGCGAGAAGUUGGUCGACUACGUGAUGUCGAAGCACGCGGUGCUGGGGUUGGUGAGGUGCGCGAGCUUGAAGCUGGGCGCGUAUGGGAUACGCGUGAAUUGUGUUUCACCAGGACCAGUUGGGACGCCGAUGUUGAAGGACAUUUUGGGGUAUGAAAAUGAUGAGGAAGUGGAUAAGAUGGCAGAAUCGAAUUAUACUUUGAAAGGUGGGGUGGUGAGACCCAAAAAUGUGGCUGACGUUGUGGUGUUUCUUGCUUCUGAGGAUUCCCAGUUUGUCACUGGCCAUAAUUUGGCUAUGGAUGGUGGGUUUCUUAGAGUUUAGAAUUCGGCUAAGUAAUCCGUUAGAAUGACCCAAUUGUGCGUAUAUGGGUUCGUUUGUAAUAGUUGAAGAUGCAAUUAUCAAAUACAGUAACUCUUUCUCUAUGUGAUCAUAAAGUUAAGAAUGAAGGAGCAUGAUCAAUGAAGCACUGAUAUUGAAAUGAAAUAAAAUAAUUCUUUAGAUU